ACCAUCUGAUGUCGCUACUUGUUUCGAAGUGACAUCUAAUAAGAAAUAUGAUUUUGAAGGUUAGUAAGUGCAUAUUCCAGCUUUAUGUUAACCGGCCUUUGCAAUUAAGUGUUCCUAUUAAUAGCCAAUGGUUUUCCACGAAGAUGUCUAAAUAUCUUAGUGAAGUGCCUGAAGUAGAUAUCGAUGGAAAGGGAGUUUUUAAAUAUAUGUUAUUAAAUAUUCAUGAUAAAGCCACCGAUGACUACAAACCAGUUGUUAGAGGUUAUCUCAGUGCAGCAUGGCAUGAUGAUGUUUUCGAACAAACUAAAGAACAAGUGAAGAAAUAUUCUGAUCUUGAAGUAAAGAGUUUGGGUGGUGGAAGGAUACAACAUGAUCCAGAAAUUAAAUCUAUUCGAGUUUAUGGUUACUCUCAAGGAUAUGGGCAAGCCGAUCACAGCUUAGCAGUAGAUUUGUUGAAAACAAAAUAUCCUGAUUACGAUAUUACCUGGACGAAUGAUGGUUAUUAAAAAAAAAAAGCUGAAAUAUUUCUACCUGAUGCUAGAAAUUCUAUCGAAUCUUCUCCUUUGUAAAAUAUAAAUAUUUAAAUAAAAGGAGCAAAAAAAAAUCAA